CCUCUCCAACUCGUCAGAUCUGUUCUGAAGUCUUUCAUGAAAGACUCUGGCCUAGAACCAAGACUCCUAGGGCCACAUUUCAGAGUUACAAAUGCUGUCGUUGGAAAAGUUGACUUCGAGCUGGAUAUCGCCAAGGACCACACGGUGAGGCACGCAACCUGACUCCAAGAUCGAUAUACAAUAGUGUGUGCUUGUUACUCAUUCUCUAGAACCGACUAAAAAUACUGCACGGGGGCACGAUUGCGAGCAUGGUAGACCUGGGAGGCUCAUUAGCAGUUGCGUCGAUGGGACUCUACGCUACUGGCGUAUCGACAGACUUGAAUGUUACAUACCUGAGCAGCGGCGGCCAGGUUGGCGAUAAGCUCAGCGGAACCGCGAUAUGUGAUCUGAGUGAGUACAUAACAUCCCCUCGAAGUAAACUGAGGAAGAAGACCUCAUAUGUUAGUAUAGUGGGUAGGAGGCUAGCCUACACAUCCAUCACGUUUAAGAACGCUAAAGGGGAGCUUACGGCAAGGGGAAGUCAUACAAAGUACGUGGCGAAUGCCUGGAAAGGACAGGAAACACCCUUCGUACCUCCGGAAGGGGUAGAAAUCGAAGAGGAUAGCUGAUCUAUAUGUGCCAAGCUAGCUAGCUUGGUGAUUUCUAGUACGGUCGGCAGCGAAUCUUUCUGUCAAGGCAUCGUGUAUUGUUUCCCUCGAAACCUCGAGCUGUCCGUAAGGUCAAAUCCAUCCAAUCGGACUGCCUAGCAUUUGGAUAUAAAAGCUCAAGUCACAUAUACCUUGACCUAGGUCUGGUAGAUAUAGGGAACAGGGCUUAAUAACUACUGCCGACCAACAAACCCGGGAAUUGCGGGGCGCGUCUCCAACGGCUAAUACAUUCAUGUAUGUAAUUCAAGGGCAGUGACAUAACCAGCAUAACUCGGCCAGCUCGGGGUCACUAUUCCUUUAAGCUCUCUCCACACCUCUCUUGGCUUGGUUUGAUUCCUUACAUACAGGUUCCUAACCUAACCUACCUAGUAAUAAGUGCCAGCCCCUUGAG